AUGGCACACACUCACUACGAAGCUCACUUCGAAAUGCCCCCUGUGGUUAUCUGUGGCAGGCAUCGCCGGCAUUAUACCAGGGAUUUCCUCACUCAAAUUCUGACGCACUAUGAGAAGCGGCAUCUCAAGAGGCACACCGGAUCUACUCUACUUGAACGCCUUGUUACUCUCGAGGCCGCCCUGGCAGAUAAAGAUCGAAUAUUUAUUGGAAAAUGGAUGAAGCUACAUUCUGCGGAUCGUCCGCGUUUUUCGGCCUUCGUCGCCAACAGAGAAAGCGCUUUAGAGGAAGACUCAUCGGAUGAGGAAAAUGUGCCGCGUUUGAAACGUAGGAAAGUGAUGGCUGCACCAAUUUAUGGAGAGGACAAUUCAGAGGACGACAUACCGGUGGCAAAUCUGAAAAGAAGUCCGUCUCCUGAUAUUUCAGUACCUCAAGCCACUAUUGACUGUGCUGUAUGCAUGGAGUCUCUAGAGCCAGAGAGCUUCUACCAACAUAAAAUCACUCCCUCCUGCGACCAUGAAACCAGAAUAUGCGUUUCUUGUGUCACUCAAAGUAUUGAUAUUCAGAUCCUAGAGAUAUCUUGGAAUAUGAUCAAGUGUCCGCUCUGCCCCGAGCUCAUGCCUUUCGAGUCUGUCAAAGAAAUAGCAUCCGAAGAGGCUUUCCAAAGAUACGACCGCAAUUCCGUCAUAGCAGCGUUCCGACAUAUGCCCAACUUCACAUACUGUCUCAACAUGGGAUGUGACUCAGGCCAAAUCCAUGGCGGCGGAGACGAUCAACCGAUUAUGACAUGUACAGCAUGCCAGUUCAAAACGUGCUUCACACACAAGAUUGCGUGGCAUAGCGGCAUGACGUGCAGUGAAUAUGAUGAAGUGCUGGCCAAGGAAGAAAGGAUGGAGCAAGAAGCAGCUUCACAGAAGUUUCUUACCAAAAAGACCAAGAUAUGCCCGAAUCCAGAAUGCGGACUGCAUUGCAUCAAGGCUAGUGGAUGCGAUCAUCAGAGGUCUGCUUUUAUCAGAGCAAGGAUAAGUAGAAGGGGCUAA